GGGCCCAUUUCUUCAUAUUAUAGUCAGCGUUAUGGUUUCAGCCCAGACUGUAAAAUAGUAGCAUUUACAGGAGACAAUCCAGCAUCAUUGGCAGGGAUGAGACUUCAAGAAGGAGAUAUUGCAAUUAGCCUUGGCACAAGUGACACAUUGUUUCUGUGGAUCCAGGAGCCAACUCCUGCCUUAGAAGGCCAUAUCUUCUCCAAUCCUGUUGAUUCUCAAGCAUAUAUGGCACUUUUAUGUUUUAAGAAUGGCUCUCUGAUGAGAGAGAAGAUCAGAGAUGACUGUGCUUCGGGCUCCUGGGAUGAAUUCUCCAAAAUCUUAUCAUCUACUGUUGCUGGAAACAACGGAAACGUGGGUUUCUACUUUGAUGUGAUGGAGAUUACUCCUGAAGCACUUGGGAUUCACAGAUUCAACAGAGACAACCAAAAGGUUUCAGGCUUUCCAAAGGAGGUGGAAAUACGAGCGUUGAUUGAAGGGCAGUUCAUGGCCAAGAGGAUUCAUGCUGAAAAGCUGGGAUAUAAAGUCA